GACUUUAACUUGCUUCCCCUGAGAUCAAGGAACACACUAUGGUUUUGGAAAUGCUGAACCCAAUGCAUUAUAACAUCACCAGCAUGGUGCCCGAAGCUGUGCCCGUGGCCACCAUGCCAAUCCUGCUGCUCACUGGCUUCCUUUUUCUGGUUUGGAAUUAUGAGGACACAUCCUCAAUCCCAGGUCCUGGCUACUGUAUGGGGAUUGGGCCCCUCGUCUCCCACUUCAGGUUCCUGUGGAUGGGGAUCGGCAGCGCCUGCAACUACUACAACAGGAUGUACGGAGAGUUCAUGCGAGUCUGGGUGUGCGGAGAGGAAACGCUCAUCAUCAGCAAGUCCUCGAGUAUGUUCCACGUGAUGAAGCACAACCACUACAUCUCCCGCUUCGGCAGCAAACUGGGGCUGCAGUGCAUCGGCAUGCACGAGAACGGCAUCAUAUUCAACAACAACCCAGACCUCUGGAAAGCUGUUCGACCUUUCUUUACAAAAGCUCUGUCCGGCCCGGGCCUCGUGCGCAUGGUGACAAUCUGUACGGAAUCCAUCAUAAGGCACCUGGACAGGUUGGAGGAAGUCAGGCGCGAGUCGGGCACUGUCGACGUGCUGACCCUCAUGCGGCGCAUCAUGCUGGACACCUCCAACGCGCUCUUCCUGGGGAUCCCCUUGGACGAAAAUGCCAUCGUCAUUAAAAUCCGGGGUUACUUUGAGGCAUGGCAAGCUCUCCUUCUCAAACCAGACAUCUUCUUUAAGAUUUCUUGGCUAUACAAAAAGUACGAAAAGUCUGUCAAGGAUUUGAAAGAUACCAUAGAAAUUCUGAUAGAAGAAAAAAGACACAGGAUUUUCACAGCAGACAAACUGGAAGACUGUAUAGAUUUCGCCACUGAGUUGAUUUUUGCUGAGAAACGUGGCGACCUGACAAGAGAGAACGUGAACCAGUGCAUACUGGAAAUGCUGAUUGCAGCACCAGACACCAUGUCCGUCUCGGUGUUCUUCAUGCUAUUUCUCAUUGCAAAGCACCCCAACAUUGAAGAGGCAAUAAUGAAGGAAAUACAGUCUGUUGUUGGUGAAAGAGACAUAAGGAUUGAUGACAUUCAAAAAUUAAAAGUGGUGGAAAACUUUAUUUACGAGAGCAUGCGGUACCAGCCUGUGGUGGACUUGGUCAUGCGCAAAGCCUUACAGGAUGACAUCAUUGAUGGCUACCCAGUGAAAAAGGGGACUAACAUCAUCCUGAAUAUUGGAAGAAUGCACAGACUUGAGUUUUUCCCCAAGCCUAAUGAAUUUAAUCUUGAAAACUUUGCAAAGAAUGUUCCUUACAGGUAUUUUCAGCCAUUUGGUUUUGGGCCCCGCAGCUGUGCAGGAAAAUACAUCGCCAUGGUGAUGAUGAAAGUCAUCUUAGUCACACUUCUGAGACGAUUCCACGUGCAGACACCGCAAGGUUGCGUGUGUGUCGACGAGAUGCAGGUAAAAAGUGACUUGGCCGUGCACCCAGAUGAAUCUAGCAACUUCCUGGAUAUGAUUUUUAUCCCAAGAAAUUCAGACAAGUGCCUCAAAUGCUGAAGAAGAUUGGUCAGUACCUGCUCCAGAGCACUUCUCACCAGUAGUUC